CAGACGGCGUCCGUUUUAACGACUCCCGGCGUCGUCUCUCGACCACAGAAACUCUGAUGGGCGUUUUUAUCUUCCUUUUACCGUCCUCGACGCUUGGAUAUUUUCGGAAGCCACGAAAUGAAGCGAAUGAAUGUGAGCAACAAGAAGUGUCCUGUUGUUGCGCCCGUCUCCAGUCCAGCAUCACUAGUAGUCAAGUCCUCUCCGUGGAUGUGGUGGCUCUGUGAUUUUUAGUUGUCUGUUUUCAGAGGAUUCCAUGUAGUGUUCUGUAGUGGACUACCCAACUUUCCCCCCGCUUUUUGUUGUCUUGUUCGAGGUUUUCCGUCUUUGAAACAAAGAUUUCAGGAUAGACCAACUCCGGGAAAACCAGCGACUUGACAUCUGAUCCUGGCGGAAUAACCAUUCUUAGCGGUUAUUCGCCUUUACAAGCAUCUUCUCUGGGGUGGGAAUACGACUGAUGCUUGCCAUUCUCCCACGCUGGAAGUCGCCCCCCAUGUGGCCGUCGGGAGUGGGGAGCAGGCAGCCCUGCCCGCGGGAGUCGGCGCUGCGCAAGGCGGCCAUCAGCGGCAACAUCAACGCCCUGCCGCAACACGUCCCCACCGGCCGCAGCGUCCGGGUCUUCAUCUGUGCCAACCCCGACGACACAGAGGCGGAGAGGAACGCACUGAAAGAGCACGUCUACCCCAAACUACGAGACUUCUGCAGGGAGAACUAUGGGAUUGAAUUCCAGGUGGUGGACCUGUACUGGGGCGCGGACCCAGAGGAGUGGGACAGUCCGGAGCUGCAGCGACUCAGGAUGAAGCUCCUGGAGGAAUGUCUAAAGACGUCAGCGGGACCAUGUUUUGUUGGUCUUGUGGGAGAGAAGUACGGCAGCAUUCGAGUGCCGGGGGAGGUGGAGUCAGCGGAGUUCGAGAUGAUCUUGGAUGCAGCUGUGGAGGCGGGGCUAGACACACACAUCUUGGAAGAGUGGUACUGCAGGGAUGAAAACUCUGUGCCACCCGCAUACUACCUCAAACCCAAAGCCCAGAUGCUUAAGAACUACCAGAACUCUAUGGAGUCGAGCAGCGCAGCAAAGACCAAGAAUGACAAGGCCUGGAGGAAUGUGUCGGAGGAGAUCAAGAGGAUCUUCCGAACAGCGGUGCUGCAGCUCCAGGAGAAGGGGACCAUGAAGAGCGCUCAGGCCAAGAAAUUCCUUUGCUCUGCCUUGGAGGAUGAAUUAGACUUUGCUCUUGGGAAACAAACUCCUGCCUUUCUCAAGAAGUGCGUCUGCUACAUUCGCAAGAUCGCCAACUUCGACCGCUUCGCCAAAAUCCCCGACAUGACCCGAUACAUGGACAUCGUGGUGGACGCCGAUCGCAUCAUGCGCAACCAGGAAGCCUACGAACGCCUUCUGAAGGUGCGCGACGAGUUCAUCCCCACGGUCGUCGCCGCCUCCAACCUCCGUGUCUACUCUUCCGUCACUCACUGCGACAUGAAGUUAGGCUACUCCCAAGAAGUGGAGAGCCACUAUGUAGAAGGCCUGUGUAAACAGUUCUACGAGGACAUGGUGGAUAUCAUUCAAGCCACGGUCCAGCAGAACUUCGGCACGGAGGCGGACCCGCUGUACGACGAGAUCCUGCAGCACCUGUCCCUCUGUAAAAGCUACGCAGAGCUCUACGAGUUCAAGACCGAGUCGUUGGAUUUCGUGCAAGAGUAUAUUCUGCCGUCCAAGGGGAGCAGAAUGAGCCCUCUGGUGGUGUACGGGGGACCCUGCACGGGGAAGACGCUGCUGCUGUCUGAGGUGGCCAAACAGGCCUACACAUGGCUGCAGAAAGAGAUGGGCCCUGAAACCGACCCAGUGGUUAUUGUCCGUUUUAUUGGCUCCAGCCAGCCCUCCACAGACCUACGCACCCUUCUCCAGAGCAUUUGUGAACAGAUCGCAAUAAACUACCGCUGCCUGAUUCACUUUUUGCCUAACAAGAUCCAGGAGAUGAGGGAGCUCCUGAUCAACCUUCUAGGGGAAUCUACAUUCAACAGACCCUUGGUCAUUGUCCUGGAUGCCCUGGAGCAGCUCUCAGAUGGCGAUGAAGUUCGCAAGCUGUGGUGGCUCCCCAUACAUCUGCCUCGGACAGUCCGCAUUGUAGUCUCAACGUUGCCCAAUAAACAUGGUAUCCUGCAGAAGCUUCGACAGCUCAUCCAUGAUGAGGGGUAUUAUGUGGAAUUAAUUCAGAGGGACCGCAAGGUCUGUAGUCAAACAUUAAAACAGCAGUUGCUGGGGGUGAAAAGAAAGGUCACCUCAGGCCAACAGAUCUAUGUCAAUGAGGCACUUGCCAAGUGUACAUUGCCAAUGUUUGUCAACCUCAUCUACAGAGAAGUAGUUCAUUGGAGGUCUCACAAAGAUGUGGACGACAGGUCCCUGUGCUCUACAGUGCAUGAAAGCAUAGAACAGCUCUUCUACUCGGUAGAGAACAAGUUAGGCCAACGUUUUGUCUUCCGGGCAUUAGGGUAUAUCACCAUGGCCAAGGCCGGGCUAACUGAGGUCGAGCUGGAAGAUAUUCUGUCCCUUGAUAAUAUAGUUCUGGGUGAUGUGAUUGUGGCAACUUACCUCAAAAAUCCCUUGAGGAUCUCUUAUGAUUUGGUUGCAAGGCUUAAAGAGGAGCUGGGUGGUUAUCUUGUGGAACGUCAGGUGCGUAACGUCACCUUGAUGGUAUGGGCCAACAGACACCUGCAUCUCAUUGCCCAGAAGCUGUAUCUUAGCAAUGAGGAGGAUGUCCAUCAAAUGCACAGCCUCCUAGCUGAGUACUUCCUGGGGGCAUGGUCAGGAGGCAGGAAGAAGAUCUUCACUUACGAUAACAACCAUUUCACUUCCCUGAAUAUAUCUCAUCACAAAAACCCCCACAAUCAGCAGUCACAUGAAAAAACCUCCUCUGACAAGUACUCGUAUGACAGACAGACUCCAGAGCAGCCUUGGGUGUUCCAGUGCAAUCUUUUAGAGCCUGACAUUUUCUUUGUCAACCAUAGGAAGAUGACAGAGCUGGUGUACCACCUUACCAGGAGUGGGCGCACUGAUGACCUCAUGUUUGGUGUCAUCAUGAACUUCAGCUGGCUGUACACAAUGAUCAAGAUUGGCCAAUUUGACAAGGCUUUAACAGACAUUGACCUAGCUUACAGCUAUACCCAAGAAAAAGAACUAAAGUUCCUGGCCACCACUCUCCGUAGUAUCAAGGUCAAAGUGCUGAAGAACCCAGCAUCGCUGUCCGCAGAACUGCAGCAAAGGCUUCUGCCAGUUGUCACCUCCCUCCCCAAGCUCAGACACCUCCUUCUGGAGUGUGACAAAGAUGGCCCCAAGUACUGCUCCAUCGUGCCUCUCCACUCCUCUAUGGACGUCACCUACAGUCCAGAGAGGCUUCCUCUGUGCUCUAGCUACAUGCAGAUUGUGGAGAUCUUGCCAACUCUAGCCCCAAACAUAGUCCUUGUAGCCCUCGAAGAUGGGUCUGUCAGCACCUGGGAUGUAGAGAGCAGACAACUUCAAAGACAGAUCGACACAGCCAAAUCCGUUGUGCUUGGAAUCAGGCUAACCACUGACGAAAAGUAUCUGGUCGUGGCCACAACCAAAAACACGCUGCUCAUCUAUGAUAAUCACAAGUCCUGCCUUUUAUCUGAGGUUGAAAUAAAGGGGUCCAAGCAUAGUGGUGUCGCUGGCGGGGUGGCCUUCAUCAAUGGGUUUACUUUAUCCACUCAUCAUGCUUUGGCUUGGCUUGAGGCUAGUAAAGACGUCAAUGUUAUUGACCUGCUCUACGGUUGGCCUCUCUACCAGUUUCAUUGCUGGUAUGAGGUGACUUGUGUCCAGUGCUCUCCAGAUGGAAUGUAUGCCUUCUGUGGCCAGUACCUCAACACUGCAUCCAUCUUUCAUCUUGGAAAUGGGGACAAGUUGGCCACUGUGACUUCUGAGUUUUCUGGAGGAUUCGUAAAGUCCAUUCUAGUUCUGGACACCCUUAACCAAAUGGUGAUGGUUGACAAUGAGGGCAGUUUGUCAGUAUGGAACACCAAAGAUAUCACCAACACACGUCUGAUGGAGGAUUACGAUUGUAGAGGGGAUGACAGUGAAGUGGUGGGCAUUGAGUUAUCUGAAGACCAGCGCUCCAUUCUCAUUUGCAAGGCCAGAAGUAUUGAGGUUCUGGACACAAAAGUUUGGAAAAUGGUAGAGAAGUUCAAAGCCAAACGCACUGAACGCUUUGUCGCUGCUGUUCUCUCCAAAAAUGGACAAAGCAUUGUGGCCUCCAUGGAGAACACCUCCUCCAUCUUUGUCUGGAGAAGGGAUAGUGGACAGUGCAUGGCGAGCCUGAUUGAGGUCUCAGGGGCUAUCGUCAAACUAAUUAAAUCAGCCCACCACAACCUGCUCCUUUCUGUUGCCAGCAGUGGAGUGCUGUCUGUUUGGGACAUUGAUAUCAUCACAGCCAUGUCCAAUAUCGACAAAACAGGCAAGAAGAUCCAGACCUUGCUGCUGUCUGGCAGAGAGGAUUAUGUGUUUACCAUGGACGGUUCUGAAACUGUCCACAAGUGGAACUUCAGCACUGGCUUUAUUGAGACAGUCUUUAAGCACGAGGGCAUAGUGGAGAACUGUGUCCUAACCUCCUCUGGGGAUCUCAUGGUGACUUCAGAUGACAAGUCCAGUCAGUACAUCUGGCAAACCACCACUGGAGAAAACAUGUUCCGCAUCAAUGGACAAAGAAUAUCACAGCUGCUAAUCACCCACAACGACCAGUUUGUUGUGUCCCUCUGCGAGCAGAACGCCUCCAGAGUCUGGAGGCUCGGGACUGGGCACAAAGUGUGCAACAUUUUAGUCACCCUCCAGAGUGCAAUGGUCACCACAGCUAACACUUUCCUUGUGGGAACCUCCAAAAACAAGCUCCUCGCUGUCAGCCUGUGGUCGGGCAGUGUAUCCAAGAAGUUUGUUUGUGAUGAUGGCAUUAGCAUAGUCAACUUCAAGCUCAUUCCUGACUGCCCUGACUGUGUGGUAUUCAUCACAUCCACAGAGACUGUCAUCAUCUGGAGUGUGGCAGAUGAGUCCGUUUGCAGGCGAGUCCAGCUGCCAAGCAAUUUCCUUAAAAAUCUAGAGGACUUCCAGAUCUCGCCCAAUGGGAAACUAGGAAUUGUUUCCAAAGGUGAUGAGAAUAUUAAUGUCCUUGAUCUUCACAGUGGGAAGCUGAGGCUUGUCCAUGCUGCUGGUAUAAUUUGGCGUCAGAAAUUAUCGAGGGAUGGACGUUAUCUGGUGUAUAUCUGUUUCCGGAACUGUGAUGAAGACGAUGAUGCUGGUGUUGUGUCUAAUUUGAUCGUGAUGCGCCUCGCUGACGGUAAGAGCAUCGGCACAUGCUCCCUAUACAAGACACCCACCUUCUUGUCUCUCUCCCAGCGAGCACUAAACAUCAUAAUCGGCUUCGAGGACGGCAGCAUCGGCACAUACACAGUAGUGGAUCGUGUUGAUGCUGCCCUCAAGAUAAAGAUAGCCACCUCCAACAGCCGACAGAUUGUCAACAAUGCCUCGCAGAAGGUGCGGCCUAAAUGUGGCAACCAUACUUUUAAGACCGUCGCCGACUGCAUUUGGAGGGAGUCAACCGAGGUCUUCUCCAGGGACAGCCCUAUCAACGUGUCCGACUCUGGUGAGGGUGAGUCGACCACGCCUACAAAAAAGACUGAACUGCUGCAGUGAUAGAUGGAUAUCAGAGAGGCAGGUGGAGUUAGGACAGGCAGGUGGAGAUAGGUGACAAAGUUUAGAAUCUCUGGGGUUGCAGUUGAUUCUUGUUUACAGCCACGUGAUUCAGCUGCAGAUGUCAGCCCUCUGGGUAGUUAAUGGGCCGACCGUUUUAACGCUGCACUCAAAUUAUGUAUUACUUACUUCCAACUUAUAAUACAGUUCCUAUUUGUUUUACACACAAAGACUGUUAGAAAAAUAUUAUGUUUUCGAAAAGAAGAAAAAUGUUAAUUCUGUGAGGUAUUAGUUUGCCAUUAUGUGUCCUUUUGCAUUUGAAGAACAAAGUUAUUAUUCAAAUGUCUUGGUCAAACAUUUUCAAAGCCAUUCCAGUGAUCUUAGCCACUUUCAUUGUACACUAUCUUUAUUUACAUUGUGCACAUUAAGCCAUAAUGUUUAAGAGUUUUUAUGUUUGUAUCAACAUCAGUCGGUACUGUACAAAAAAAAAGGAAGAUUUAUGAACAUAUGUACAUAUCCCUUUUUGGCUGCUGCAAUUUGUGCAACUCCUUAAAAAUGUUACGUUGUGCUUAAUGCAAUCAAAGUGAGUGCCUGGAAUUUAAAAUGUUCUUUAUGUGCAGAUUACAAGAUUUAUGAAAAUGCAGGGAAUUUGUAAACACAGUAUACACAGUUACUUAAUACUUGCAUUGAUGUUAAAUCUAAAUGAUCAGUGUAUUGAAAUCCAGUCAACAACACAAGAUAUCGAUGGCAUUGCUCUUUGUAAUGAUAGCUGUAGAAAUGUCUCGGAGCAGUUUACGUAAAGUUGGUGUGAAUUUACCUGCAGUUCCAUCAGUUUGUGUGCUCUUUGUUUUAAGGGAAACACCACUAUUGAGCAUAGUGUAGCAUAGCACCAUACACAUUCACGCCUUAACCAGUGUACUUGCUUUAGGUCUAGUGGAGUUUUUUCAAAUGGUUGAGUAGAAGGACAGAUUAGCCCAAUGUUUCACUGAAACAACUUGGCCAUGUGAAUAUAUUUACAGGUUUAGACAGUAGGUGGAAGCACUUUAUGAGUGGAGAAAUUUAGAUUUAUUCAUAUGAAACGUAUAAAGUGAUGUAGGUUUGUCUUAAAAUAGGUAUUUGAUUUGCCUACAAAAAUACACAAGGCAAUCCAGGUACUUGCUGGCUAUAGCUUACUCACUUGACAUGCGACAGUCUCUUUAUAUAUUCCUGGUAUCAAUACAAAAUGACCACGUGACAGCAGAGACAGAGAAAUUUGGAGAUAUAUGCGAUCAUGUAAGGGUUAAUAACAUUUUGAGCUUGUAAAAUUUGGGUUUUAUGUCAGCUUUUGUAAAC